AUGGAUAUUAUCGCUUCGGCUCCGAUCAAUCGGUGUUCUAAAGAACAUCAGAAAAUCUAUCUAGAGUGGUUCGCUUGCGCUGACUCAGAUGGCGAUGGACGUAUUACCGGUGCUGAUGCCACGAAGUUCUUCGCCAUGUCCAAUUUAUCUCGGCAAGAUCUCAAGCAGGUGUGGGCGAUUGCGGAUUCCAAAAGACAAGGGUUUCUAGCCUUUAAAGAGUUCGUUAUGGCAAUGCAGUUGAUUUCCUUGGCACAAGCGGGACAUACAUUGAGUGUUGAAUUCUUGAACUCAGAUAUUAAUAUCGAAGAACUAAAACCGCCAGCAAUGGAUGGUCUGGAUGUUCUACUAUCUAAGACAAAGAAACAUUCCAAGUCAUAUGAUCCUGAAAUGAAUAGUACUUCUCAGAUUGAGAUUUCAUCUUCUUCAAAAUCUGCAAAGAAGAUUCCCUUAAAAUCUGUUACAUCAAUCGUUGAUGGCCUGAAGAAGCUAUAUAUUCAGAAGCUGAAACCUUUAGAAACUAUGCAUCGGUUUCAUGAAUUUGUGUCUCCCCAGUUGACCAACAGUGAUUUUGAUGCCAAGCCCAUGGUGAUGCUUUUGGGUCAAUACUCAACAGGGAAAACAACAUUCAUCAAGCAUUUGCUUAAAAGUGGUUAUCCAGGAGCUCAUAUUGGACCCGAGCCUACUACAGAUAGAUUUGUUGCUGUCAUGAAUGGACCCGAUGAGAGAAGUGUUCCAGGGAAUACUGUUGCUGUUCAAGCAGACAUGCCAUUUAAUGGCCUAACUACUUUUGGAAGUGCAUUCUUGUCAAAAUUCCAGUGUUCUCAAAUGCCUCAUCCUCUGCUGGAGCAUAUUACAUUUAUCGACACUCCUGGAGUUCUAUCUGGAGAAAAGCAAAGAACACAAAGAAGCUAUGACUUUACUGGUGUGACGUCUUGGUUUGCUGGAAAGUGCGAUCUCAUCUUGCUUCUCUUUGAUCCUCAUAAACUUGAUAUAAGCGAUGAGUUCAAACGUGUCAUAUCAUCCCUACGAGGACAUGAUGACAAGAUUCGCGUGGUCUUGAACAAGGCUGAUCAAGUUGAUACCCAACAACUAAUGAGGGUUUAUGGAGCAUUAAUGUGGUCCCUUGGUAAAGUCCUAAACACUCCAGAAGUUAUGCGUGUUUACAUCGGUUCUUUCAAUGACAAACCUAUAAACGCGUCGGAUGAUGGGCCAUUGGGGGCAGCAUUGUUUGAAAAAGAGCAGGAUGACCUUCUAAAUGACUUAAAAGACAUACCCAAGAAGGCUUGUGAUCGUAGAAUCAACGAGUUUGUGAAACGGGCUAGGUCUGCCAAGAUUCAUGCUUACAUCAUGAACCAGCUUAAGAAGGAGAUGCCAAGCUGGAUAGGCAAGGCUAAGGCUCAGCAGAGGCUCAUUGAUAAUCUUGAGUCAGUCUUUGAAAAGAUUCAAAAGGAUCAUCAUUUACCUGCGGGAGAUUUCCCCAAUGUUGAAAACUUCAGAAUGGCUUUGGCUGGUUACAACAUAGACAAAUUUGAAAGAUUGAAGCCCAAAAUGAUACAAGGUGUUGAUGACAUGCUGGCUUAUGAUAUCCCAAAACUUUUGAAGACCUUCAGAAAUCCAUACGAUUAAAGAGGUUAGCAGUAGUUUUAAAAGACAAAAACCCCAAUCAACCAUUCAUUGUAUAUAUUGCCCAUCUGCAUGCUUUGAGAUAACUUGCAGCGAGGAGUUGGACCAUAGUCAUCGUCUCUUUUUCUUUUUCUUCUUCUUAUCGAGGGGUGUCGAAUAGUAAAUAUGAUCAUUGUGAGGAGUAGUAGAAGCAAUUGCCUCCCUUGACCAAUUGUUUAGGGGUUCCCUAGACUCAAAAUAGAUGA